AUGGACGAGUCUUCGCGCUCCGAAUGCCGGGAGCCGCAUAAGAGGCACUACAGCUUUAGUGCGAGCGACGACGUGGUCCUCUUCCGAACCGUGCUAGAAAAUCUGGAUAUUUUCUCGUUUAUCCAAAGUCAGCGGACAAGAGCGUGGCGGGUCAUAACGCAAUGCCUGUGCGACCAAGGGAUCAGCUGUACGACUGAGUCGGCCCGGUACCGGAUCAAGCGACUUGUUGAGAGGCACCGGGAGGAAGUGGCGAAAGGGCAGGGGCCACAAGACGACGCCGCGAGCACGCCUCUAGAACAACUGCUGGCGCAGUACACACAAGCCAACGACCAGUUUGAGCAAAGGGGGCUAUCAAUGCCUACGAUAUUGCAAGACUUGUCACGCAAUGCACGAAGCCGUCACGGUCUGGAUGAGAACCGUGGAGGUUCCGAGGAUAUGACCGACGACUCGACCCCAAUGUCCAACGGGAUAAGUCAAGAUCUAUCAGAUCUACCCCUACCACCUGCACCUACACUAUCAUCCGAGCAGGCGGCUCUCAAGAGCAGCAAAAAGCCCCGAAAGCGGCGGUUUUUCUUUGAAAAUGGACACGACGUGAUACUGCUGCGGCUCAUGUUGGCCGACGAAGGAGUUGUCACGGCUUCAGGGGUCAAACGACCGCAGUGGAAGAAAAUUGAGGCAGCUGCGAACAGCAGAGGGAUGCCUGUGAAUACUCACACCAUUCGCACCCACAUACGGCUGCUGGUCGAUGCGUAUCAAAAGGAAGAAGAUAUGGGUGAGAUCAAGCCAGAUAAAAUGUCGGAGAAGCAAAAGCUCCUGAGGGAAUAUUGUAGAAAGCUGGAGGAAACGAAGCAAAUGUAUGCCGGUAGCAGUGAAGACCGGGUGGACCAGCCUACCCAUGGAAAAGAUGGUGAUUGGCGCCGUGAAUCGAUCCAUGAGAGCAGAGACCGCGCGAAAACUGAAGUGCCUCUAGCAGCAUUAGAGACGCCUUCUCAAGCUCAAGUAUUGACAAUUGCGGACAACACGACGAGUCAAGAUGAUGAACCAACCGUCGUCCAUGCUCUGGAAGCAGCUUCAAACUCUUCUCCCGACCAUGUCGCGACAUCGACGAAAGUCGCCGAGGACACGAUGACCCAAAGACCGGAGACAGCCAGACGUCGACCGGUCUCUGAAUCAACCAGCACUGCAGUUCGCGCGUUAUCAGGCGUGGCAUCAGCUUCUUCAACUGAUGCUUCCAGCGCACCCGUCAAAACGUUAGCACGUGCGCAAUCAACUCGAUGUGCUGAAGCCGGCGAAGUUAUGGAAUCGGUAUCGAAAAAGCAAAAGCUGGGAGUUGAUGCCGUCUUGGAUCGCUUUAUCUCGAUGCAGCGUGACUACCAAAAAGAACAGCGAGAGCACGAGAGGACCAUCAGUAGUGAACAACGGAGCUUGCAGCGGCAGACGAUCGAGCUACAAACGCGGGCGCUAGACAUUCAAGAGAAAUCAAUGAGCAUGCAAGAGAGGCUAAUGGCGAUGAUGGAAAAGGUCAUGGAUAAGCUCCAGUAA